UAUUCCUAAACAAAAGAAGAAGAAAAAAAACCCUGCUUUUUCUCCCCCAAUCACUUCUUGCCUGCCUCACUGUACACACACAUAUAUUUAUAUAUCUGUCUAUUUCUCUAUAUAUGCAGAUCUCUUCGUCUUGCUCUAGUCCCUUGUUUCGUUUUUUCACAGUUCAGAUUGUUUGAUUAUUACCUACAAGAAGAGGAAAUUAAGGAAGGAGAAGAAUCUGGGUCUGAGAGAGAGAUAGACGGGAGGAAUUAAGGAUCUAUUGCAAAUGGGGUCGCUUCCACCGGAACUGAGCUUGGAUUUCAGACCCACUUUUGUACCCAAAACGAUCAGUGAUUUCCUAAAGGAGGUAUCGGUGAUCGGAAACGUUUCGGACAAGGUGUCGAGGCUUGAUGAAUUUGUCAAGGGAUUGGAGGAAGAAAUGAAGAAGAUCGAUGCGUUUAAGCGCGAGCUCCCUCUUUGCAUGCUUCUCUUGAAUGAUGCAAUUUUUACUUUGAAGGAGGAGUCAAUACAAUGUACUGCAACAAAUCUCCGACCAGUAUUAGAAGAGUUUAUUCCGUUGAAGAAGGAUAGCACUGAUGAGCAACCUGAUAUUGCAAUCAAAAGGGAAAAGGACUCCAAAGACAAGAAAAACUGGAUGAGCUCUGUUCAGCUCUGGAACCCUGAUAUCAGUGACCCCAAAGAGAAUCCCAAAUCAGAAUCUAAGAGAAGCAAGGGAGGGAGUCCUUUUGCAAAAGACGAUCCAUUUGAUGGGUGUAAGAACAGGGGAGCUGCAAGGUCAUUUAUGUCGUUUAAGACAUGCAAUGGUAUGAUUAGUAAGGAGGAUGGUAAGGAGGAAUUGCCAAUACAAGGGCUUUCUCUGUUAACCCCAGGAAUCAAGAGUCCCAGAGAGGAGUCAGGUUCUUUGGGGACAAGAGUUGAUUGUAACAGAACGAUCACCUCUUCCGCCCCCUAUCUGCAGAAAAAUUCACAAAAUGGACCACAAACACCACAGCAGCAGACCUCUAGGAAGCAAAGGAGGUGCUGGUCACCUGAGUUGCAUCGCCGGUUUGUCAGUGCCUUGCAGCAACUUGGGGGAUCACAUGCGGCUACUCCAAAGCAGAUUCGAGAACUUAUGCAAGUUGAUGGCUUGACCAAUGAUGAGGUCAAGAGUCAUUUACAGAAAUUCCGUCUUCAUUCUCAAAGAGUGUCAUCCACUGGUUCAACUGGUUCUGCAAACCAAUCCGUAGUUGUUUUGGGAGGUUUAUGGAUGCCCCAACAAGACCAGUGUGGUGACUCCUCAAAGGUUUCACAGUCGGGUUCUCCCGAAGGUCCCCUCCAGCUUGCUAUGAACACCAGAAACUCCACUGAAGGGGACAGCAUGGAAGAUGAGGAAGAUGAAAAAUAUGAGAGCUAUAGCUGGAGAUCUAAUGCUCACAAAUCCGGAAAAGUUGAUGUACUAUAGAGUUCAUUCACAUGAUUUUUUUGCAGAUAUGAGUAUACAUGGCAGGAUUAUGUGACUAGAGAAACUAUACAUAUUAUAUAAAAGGAGAGAGCAAGAGAGAGUGAGUGAGGAUGUGAAAAUUUGCAGGAUUAGCUUUCCUUCAUGAAUUUGAGUUUUUUUUGUUUCAUCGGCAUUGAUAUAAGAACUAUAUAUAGAGAAUGAUGAUCCAUGUUUUUUAAUGGAAGGACCAAUGCUAUUAAUUAUUUUCCAUUGAAUUACUUGUUGGAGAACU